CUCAGUAACUUUGCAGUCCCCUUUUCAAAUUUUCCGUGAAAUCCAACUCUUAGUGAAACUUUGAUGUACCGCUGACUCAAUCACCCAGGGAUUCUUGUUAAGAUGCAGAUUAUGAUUUAGAGGCGCUGGGCGUGGGCCGAGAUUUCGCAUUUCUAGCAAGCCCCCACAUGGCAAGGAUGCUGCUGACUAGCAAGAGGGUAGACCCCAAGAAGCUGGAAUGAGGCAGUUCGGAGAACUUGCUUCUGACGGGGUGAUUUACAGGGAGGUUAGCCUGGAAUCUGCCUUCCAUGAGCUGCAUCUGGGCAAACCCGGGAAGCUGCGUCUGUAGGUCCCUGAGACCGCUGCCUUUAAGGCAACUUUUGAGGAAUGGGGACGAACCUCAGUACAAUCCACAAACCCCAAUUCACGAUCCACGUCUGCUGGGGGCGUGUUACAUACCCUGCGCCUGCACUUGCCUUCCCGUGCCCUCUCGGCAAACACCUGAGUGGACUAUUAUUAUUCUCGUUUCACAGGUGAAGAAACUGAGGCUCAGACUUCACUUGCUCAAAGUCACAAGCUUUUCAGGAGAGCUGGAUCCAGGUCCAUCUAACUCCGAGACACAACGCUUUCAACGAACCCUUUGGGGCCUCAAUUCCCUGGCCGGUGACCUGGGAAGCGCUGGCAGGCGGAAGACACAUCCCCGGUACAUACGUCUAAGGGAGUCCUUGGACUCCUUCUCCAGACCUUGCUCAUCGACCCUGCCGGGAAAGGUUCUUUUUGAGAACACCGGGCCGCCUCUGCUCGCCUAGAUGGCUGGUAACCUAUGUGCCAGGUAGCAUUCUCUGCCGAUCUUGAAUGCCAAUCGGAAGUCACUGGACGGCAAACUUCUUCCAGGAUCAUAACUGGGCUAUUGGAGUAACUCGAAAAGGAAGAAAAAAGAAUUGAAGCCAUGGCAAAAGGAACUAGAGUUCGGUCCAGCUCUCCUCCAGAUGGAGGCUGGGGCUGGAUGAUUGUGGCUGGCUGUUUCCUCGUUACCAUCUGCACCCGGGCGGUCACCAGAUGUAUUUCAAUUUUUUUUGUGGAGUUCCAGACAUACUUCACUCAGGAUUAUGCACAAACGGCUUGGAUCCAUUCCAUUGUAGAUUGUGUGACCAUGCUCUGUGCUCCGCUUGGGAGUGUCGUCAGUAACCAUUUAUCCUGUCAAGUGGGAAUCAUGCUGGGUGGCUUGCUGGCAUCUACUGGUCUCAUCCUGGGCUCGUUUGCCACCAGUCUGAAGCAUCUCUACCUCACUCUGGGCGUUCUUACAGGCCUUGGGUUUGCACUCUGUUACUCUCCAGCCAUUGCCAUGGUCGGCAAGUACUUCAGCAGACGGAAAGCCCUGGCUUAUGGGAUCGCCAUGUCGGGAAGCGGCAUCGGCACCUUCAUCCUGGCUCCUGUCGUUCAGCUCCUUAUUGAACAGUUUUCCUGGCGGGGAGCAUUACUCAUCCUCGGGGGCUUUGUUUUGAAUCUCUGCGUUUGCGGUGCCUUGAUGCGGCCCAUCACUCUGCAAGAAGACCAGACCACUCCAGAGCAGAACCACAUCCGUAGAGCUCAGAAACCAGACUUCCAGCGAGUGUCUCCCUGUUCUACUUUGACUAAAAAAUGGGUGCAGACCUGCCUCUGUUGCUCUUUGCAGCAGGAAUACAGUUUUUUACUGGUGUCAGACUUCGUCGUGUUAGCCAUCUCUGUUCUCUUCAUGGCUUAUGGCUGCAGUCCUCUCUUCGUGUACUUGGUACCUUAUGCUCUGAGUGUCGGAGUGAGUCACCAGCAAGCAGCUUUCCUUAUGUCCAUACUUGGGGUGAUCGACAUUAUUGGCAAUAUCACGUUUGGAUGGCUAACUGACAGAAGGUGCCUGAGGAAUUACCGGUAUGUGUGCUACCUCUUUGCCGUGGGACUAGAUGGGCUCUGCUAUCUCUGCCUCCCGAUGCUUCAAAGUCUUCCCCUGCUCGUGCCUUUCUCUUGUACCUUUGGCUACUUUGAUGGUGCCUACGUGACUCUGAUCCCAGUAGUGACUGCAGAAAUAGUGGGGACCACUUCUUUGUCCUCAGCGCUCGGUGUGGUGUACUUCCUUCAUGCGGUCCCGUACCUGGUGAGCCCACCCAUCGCAGGAUGGCUUGUUGACACGACUGGCAGCUACACGGCGGCAUUUCUUCUCUGUGGAUUUUCAAUGAUCUUUAGUUCUGUGUUGCUUGGCUUUGCUAGACUUGUAAAGAAGAUGAAAAAAACCCAGCUGCGCUUCCUUGCCAAAGAAUCUGAUCCCAAGCUGCAGCUAUGGACCAAUGGAUCGGCGGCUUAUUCUGUAGCGAGAGAGUUAGAUCACAGAGACGAGCAGUCUGUGGCUCUAACAGUACCUGGUCCCAGGCCCACAUGACCAAUGGCCUUGAGCCUGGGCCUCUUCAGGGCUGAGGGAGGUGGGACCACUGGAUUGUACGUGUCUGGGAAGCAUUUAAUUUUGGCAGAAGCAUUGCCUUCCGAGGAAAUUAUUAUUAUUGUUUUAUUAACAUGUUUAUAGGGGAAAAUAGCAAAUAACAAAGCCAGUUGGACUGGCUCAGAGUUUCCUCAUUUGGGAUUUGUAGUCACAAUCGAACUUUUAUCUUUUAGGCAAUGAGCAUCGCUCUAUGGAGAAUGUUAGGACGUAGCUGCUAUAAUUAGCUGUAAGUGGGGGUAAUUUCAAAGCAUGAUCAAAGCAGACGACAAGCUUUGUUGCCAACUCUCCGCCCCUCCAUCUUACUCCCUCAGUCAGACACGAAACAGAAACAAUGACAUGUAGAUUUGCUUACUUUAUGCUUUUUUGGAGAAAGGGGUCUGUAUUCAUCACUGCCUUUUGACGAAUCUAAAGCAUUCUUCAACAACUCCGCGUGAAGCCCUAAUGAGAAACUCCACCAUGAGAAAUGUUCGGCGUCUCCACCUUCCCCUCCACUGAAAGCUUUCUUCCUAAGACUGAGCCCCUCACCUCUGAUCAGGCACUCACCUCUGUCACUGUCACAUGUAAUACUGAAUUUAACAGAAUACACCAAGUCACAAGGGUGACUUCUAAUUCCUACCUGAACUGUUAACACCGAGACUUCUUUCCCCCUUUUUUUCCUUUAGAAACAAAGCUUUUAUUUGAAUCGUACACACCUUCCUGCUGGGAACUGGAAAAUGUUGGCAGUACUCCAACUGAGCAGGAAUUGAAUUCUCAAAUCAGCAGGUCUCUGGUGGGAGCUUUCUUUUCAGAUCAGACAUUUAGGUUCAUCAUUACCCAAAACAGAACUUGGGAGGUUAGCCUGAAAAAUAUUCUAAAGGUGAGAUUCUUUUCUCCCUGUGUUAGUUCUUGCCCCAAUGUCCACUGCUCUGUAUGUCUUUAUGGAUAAUCAUUAGAAACUUGAUGGACCUCUUCAGCUGAGUGAGAAGGCUUCGGGGUUAAGCUCAGCAUCACAGCACUCUCAUUAAUUGGAGCUUUGGUCAGGGGAGAGAGAAGAGAAGGUUAAGAAGGCUAAUGGUGUGAUACUUUGCAGUUCAUAGAACUCUUCCACAUACCUGCACUCAUUGGAUUAGAAUAGUUUACUCAUUCUCAAGUGCUCUGUUUUCCUAUAGUUUGGGAUAAUUUCUGACUUUUCAGAGGGAGGACGUGGGAAAGAAAAGAAAGGCCAGAUCUCCCGGCUUGUCUCCAACCAUUUUAAAUCCCCAGAACGACAGCGCUGAAUCCCCAAAUCAUGUCAUGCCUGUAAAUUAGUAGAAAGUUACACAAUUGAGAGGGGAUUUUAGGUAUUGAAAAAAUUGAAAAUCUGAACCUCAAAGAAACAUUUUGACCCCGGAGGCCACUGUCCCUCAAGAGGCCUCACAAACGCCCUGCCAGCACUGAGGAAGAUCCUGGGUCGGCUGAGCGUGUUCAACAAGAGUCUUUGCCUAUAACUGGAUUACUUCAUAUAAUUACGUAUUAAUACGUUGCUUUCAGGAUGAAAUACUGACUUGAUUAAAUGGAAGAACGCGGUAAUAUUUCAUAGUUGUUUUCCAAAGAUAAAUUUGAAUGUUGCCUGUUAUCUUUUUACUUCGUUUAAGACUUUUGUUUUUGAACCCAUUUACUUUGUCACUUCCAAUUUAAAACCAGUAUUUGGAAAAUAUCUGUAAAAAGUCAAAGUUAAAAAUGAACUUAUGUGUGCUUGGAAUAGCACUUUACACUAAAUGUCAUUUCUUGAAUCUUCAAGCCUAAAGAUUUUUUGAAAUAUAAAUAUUCUUACAUAUAUUUUUUCGUAGUGAUCAGUAAAAUUUAGUUUAUCCAGCUCUGCAAUAUAAUUCCUCUAAAGUAUUGUCAGUAUUCGUGAAAAAUGAGCAUAGAAACCAGAGCUUUUAAAAAUUUUUAUUAAGUAUUUCAGAUACUUUUACAAACUUAUACAUGCAUACAUUGAGAUUUUACUUUCCCUUGUGGAGCAGCAUUUUUAGAAACAGCAAGGAAAAGGUAGAUCUUAGGGUCUGUCUAGCAUUGUCAACUCCACAAAAUUUUACCAUUAAGAUUCCAUGUGCCUGUGCUGUUUAUUUCAAAAGGGAGGGAUUUGUGGGAACGAUGUAUUCUGUGGAAUCAGGUGUGAUGAUUCUGCAUCUCAAAUACCACUUUCCGUCACUGCAAGCUCUACUUUGAAACUGACUGACUAGAAGAGCGAAGCAACUAACUUCUACAGAAACAUUGUACCGUCGGGCCUUUUUUUCAGAUUGUGAUUUUACUAAUAGAUCAGAUAUUUAUGCUAAUAUUUUCUUAUUUCAAAAGCAUAAUAAAGUGAGUUUAUAUUUGUGUUUGGAAAAACAUUUUUCCCUGUACAAGGGGUGUGGAUUGAAUGUGGGCUUGUCUGUAUUAUGCUAAAAUGUAAUUAGCAUGCAAAGAUGUGGUAAACAGUGAAAUACUUUUCAAAAGCCAAACCCAUUUAUUGAGUACUUGCAAUGCUUUAGUUAGUGUGCUAAGCACUUCCUACGCAUUGUCUGUAUUAAUUCCCGUAAUAACAUAAGUUAUUGCCAUUUGAUAGAUGUGGAAACUGGGGCACGGGGUGGGGGGCACUGCUUUCCUCUGGAUCCAGUGAAAUCCUGUAAAGCUAAGACGUUGUCUAAUGCUGGAACCUGCCUCCUUCCUUUGUGCCUACUUGGGUUUUCUUCUUAUGUGGAUUCAAAAAGCCAUUCGGAAACGGGCCCUCCUUCAGGAAGAUAAAAUCCUUUGGAUUAUGAUUCGCUCUUCCAAUUUGUAUAGAUGGGAAGAUCCUAGAAUGGAAAUUUCCAAGAGUUUUCCCAAGAGUCUGGUUCUAGCAAAACCACUACUUCCAGGCUAAGUGGUUUAAUUU